UCGACAGAACGAGAAGGCGUCGCUUUUCUUCUCUGCCCUUUAUUGGAACCGAGCGCAAGAAGAGGGGAAAGAAAAGGAGCCGUUCCUCUCUUGGUCUCUCUCCUUCUGCUGGCCUCUAGAAGCAGGCAACCGGCCAAUUUCAAGCCUUCCAGUCUCUAUGAAAUCGCUGGAAAGGUAUUACAAGUAAGAUUGCAGGAGGAAGAAGGGAGAUUCGUAGAGGUCUCUGAGGAAAGGGACUCCAUCUCAUCUCAGAUCAGUUCCUUUCGAUCGAUCGAACAGAGCGGGGAGUUCAAGGAGAAGUAGGGCUUUUUUUUGAAGGAUUUUUGUAGAUGAUAUGAUAUGGAAGUGGAUGCCGCUGAUUAAUAUGAUGUUUUAUCUAGGGCGCGAAGCUUCCAAGCUAUGGAAGAAAAUUUGUAUGGAGACUUUUGUGGAGCUACAACUUCUGGCGGAGAAGUGGACGUUCCUAUUGGCCGGUCUCCUAUUUCAGUAUAUCCACGGUUUGGCUGCUAGAGGUGUGCAUUAUUUACAUCGGCCUGGACCAGUUCUUCAUGAUCUUGGGUUUGUCUUUUUGCCGGAGCUUGGAGUGCAAAGAGCUUACCUUAGCGAGACCCUUUUCUCCAUCAUAUUUUUCUCCUUUGUUUUGUGGUCAUUUCAUCCGUUCGUUUGCCAUAGCAAGCGCUUCUACACCGUUCUACUGUGGCUCAGAGUCUUGUCUUGUCUAGUGGUUUGCCAGACUCUAAGAAUUCUUACAUUCUAUUCUACCAUCCUCCCGGGCCCUAACUAUCACUGUCGUGAGGGAUCACCUCUUGCCAUUCUGCCCCGUCCAGACAACAUAUUUGAAGUCCUCCUACUAAAUUUUCCUCGAGGAGUCCUAUAUGGAUGCGGAGACUUGAUAUUUUCAUCCCACAUGAUAUUUACUCUGGUUUUUGUGCGAACGUAUUAUAAGUAUGGUUCAAACAGGAUCAUCAAGAUAGCUUCAUGGUUGAUGGUUAUAGUUCAGAGCCUGCUUAUAGUAGCUGCUCGAAAACACUAUUCCGUUGAUGUGGUGGUUGCAUGGUAUACUGUAAAUUUGGUCGUUUUCUUUGUUGAAACAAAACUGCCAGAAAUGCCAGAUCGCUCUGGGGGAAGUCCGCCAAUACUUCCUUUGAGUUCUAAAGAAAAGGAAAGCAAAGCCAAAGAAGAGAACCAGAAGCUUUUGAAUGGUGAUGCUGCUGAUUGGAGGCAAAGAACACAAAUGAACGGGAAGCAUAUGGAAAAUGGCAAUCACCACGCUCAUUCUGAAGCAACAAUGAAUGGGGUCUAGAGCGUAGCGGGCAGAAGCAGCACAAAUCACAAAUGAGAGAGUAGUAAGUGGGAGGGACAUAGACACAGACAGGAUAUGUUCGUUCCAGACUGCUGACAAAGCUACUCUGCAGAUUGAAAUAUCUGAGAUUGUCGGAAGAAAUUUGCUUUCAUUGAACAAUCCUUCUGUCAAAGAUGCUUUAUUGUAUCUCUUAGGAUUCCCCCGCUGGCAAUUUUGAAAUUUCCUUUGUCGUUGCUUCCCAAUUCAUUAUUUCUUGAAAAUUUUCUUUUAAUGCCAAUGUUAUAAAGUAGACGCAAGCUGGUCUUCAUUGUAACAUCGUGCUACAACCGCACCCUCUUUUUUUCAUAAUUUUAUUUUAUACGUGGUUGCCAUGC